AUCAAGUCGACGGCGCACCCCAGACAUCACUUUUGCUCGAUGUUGUAGUCUCAAAUGUCUCAUUUCUGGAAUGCGUAAGAUAGGUGUUUGCGAUUGUAAAUUGUACUGGUCUUCGUUUUUGCCAUAAGUCGAGUUGAUGAUGCGUGGAGCGGAACAGUAAUGGGAACUACAAGCAAGUCUGUUUACCGAAACAGGCGUCUUCAUCAGAGUCGAAUUCUUUCUGCCUUGUUUAACCAUAUACUCCAGAAGUGCAACAAUCAGUAUAGUCAGUGCAAGGAAACAGACUAUUUUCAAAGAUAGCAACGAAAUGUAUCCGAACAUGUUUACGCUUUGAAGUUCCAAAAGUGAAUGAUGCUUAGUACCAAAUAGUUCGUCCUUUUAUAUUAUAUUCAGUACUUAAGUGUGAAGAAGAACAAGUGCACACAUUAGAAAAACUGGGUACUUUAAAAAUAAAAUAUGGCAACACCACGGAAAUAAAUUUUCAAAUUAAAGAUCCAAGUAUCAAGUUGUUACAAGCUCAGCUCGAAGCCUUGCAAGCUGAACAAAUUAAAAUGUUUACCGAACUCAACGCAAAAAUUGACAAAAUAUCUACUAUCAACUUUGAAAAGACCAAUUUUGCCAGCAGCUGUGCGGAAGCAACUGCACUGAGUCGUCGGAGUGGCGUCUAUCAAAUCCGAAUACCCGAUUACAGUCCAUAUCCGUUUAUGGUCAGCUGUGAUGAGGAUUCCAACGGCGGAGGAUGGACAAUUGUGUUGCGACGUGAGGACGGAAGUGUCAACUUUUAUAGGAACUGGAAGGACUAUAAGCAAGGAUUUGGAAAUAUGAACGGCGAAUUCUUCAUAGGCUUGGAAAAAUUGCAUAUGCUGACUAAAGAACAGGAUCAAGAAUUGCUUUUUCUUAUGGAGAAUUCGAAGGGCGAAACAAAGUUUGCAAAAUAUGAUCAAUUUGCGAUUGGUAGCGAGAAGAACUUGUAUGCUUUACAAACAUUGGGCGAAUAUUCUGGUGAUGCUGGUGACUCUUUCUCAGGGCAGAUGAGUUACAAAUUUUCAGCUCGGGAUCGAGAUAACGAUGUAUAUACUGGAAAUUGUGCUCUUGAGUAUCGAGGUGGCUGGUGGUACAAUAAAUGUCAUGGCAGUAAUCUAAUGGGCAUAUAUAAUGAGACGACCUAUGGAAAAGGAGUUAUGUGGAACACAUUUUCGGGCUUACAUGAUUCAUUAAAAAUGGCCAAAAUGAUGAUUAGGCCGCGGAGAUAAUAAUAAAAGUCAAUUGAGGUCAAAUCAAUAUAUUAUUAAAUAAAUGGAUUGCAUUUACUGUUUCUGUAUUAUAUAUGGAACAUCAAUCAACAACACUGUUU